GGGGCUGUCCCUUUAAGGGAUGGCCGCGGAGUCGUGAAAGUGGAGGGGGCCGAGGGAGGGCGGGGAGGAAGGUCUGGGGGCGGACCCAGGGGGAGGAGGAGGAGGAAGAGUAACUGCUGAAAGGAGGUGGCGAAGGAGGAUCCGGAGCAGCUGCUGCCAGCCCGCGGGCACUGAAGUCCUGCCGGCUGCCGCUCGAGUAGCCACGGGCGCGAUCGGGACCAGACGUCUCCUACUCCAUGAUCACUUUGGAAGCCGGGGGAAGACUUUGCCCUGCCGUGAGAGGUGGUCUGCGUUUCCCAGGCGCGGCGGCGGCGGAGCAGCAGCUGCAGCAGCCGAGUCCAAAUAGGAGCGGCCACAGCCAGGGGCGUGUGCGCCCCGCGCGGAGCGGGCUCGGGUUCCCCUCGGAAUGUCCCCGGGGUGCCCGGCGCGCUGACUCCGAAGCCGCCUCCGCCGUCGGCGCCUGCUGCCUCCCUGGGCCAGGCUUGUUGUUCGGGACUGUGAGCUUCCUGGCUCCUGGGCAGUAGGGAAGCCCCCGGGGGCGAGUGACCUCAGCUGGCCACGACCCAGCCCUCCCCCGUGCGUAUCUCGCUUAAGAUGGCAGCGGAGUCAGGGGAACUAAUCGGGGCUUGUGAGUUCAUGAAAGAUCGGUUAUAUUUUGCUACUUUAAGGAAUAGACCAAAAAGCACAGUAAAUACCCACUAUUUCUCCAUCGAUGAGGAGCUGGUCUAUGAAAAUUUCUAUGCAGAUUUUGGACCGCUGAACUUGGCAAUGGUGUACAGAUAUUGCUGCAAACUAAACAAGAAACUAAAAUCAUACAGUUUGUCAAGAAAGAAAAUAGUGCACUACACCUGUUUUGACCAACGGAAAAGAGCAAAUGCAGCAUUUUUGAUAGGUGCCUAUGCGGUAAUCUAUUUAAAGAAGACACCAGAAGAAGCCUACAGAGCACUCCUGUCUGGCUCAAACGCCCCCUAUCUUCCAUUCAGGGAUGCUUCCUUUGGAAAUUGCACUUACAAUCUCACCAUUCUCGACUGUUUGCAGGGAAUCAGAAAGGGAUUGCAACAUGGAUUUUUUGACUUUGAGACAUUUGAUGUGGAUGAAUAUGAACAUUAUGAGCGAGUUGAAAAUGGUGACUUCAACUGGAUUGUUCCAGGAAAAUUUUUAGCAUUUAGUGGACCACAUCCUAAAAGCAAAAUUGAGAAUGGUUAUCCUCUUCACGCCCCUGAAGCCUACUUUCCUUAUUUCAAAAAGCAUAAUGUGACUGCAGUUGUGAGGCUAAACAAAAAGAUUUAUGAGGCAAAGCGCUUCACAGACGCUGGCUUCGAGCACUAUGACCUCUUCUUCAUAGAUGGCAGCACACCCAGUGACAACAUCGUGCGAAGGUUCCUGAACAUCUGUGAGAACACCAAAGGGGCCAUCGCCGUUCACUGCAAAGCUGGUCUUGGAAGAACAGGGACAUUGAUAGCCUGUUAUGUAAUGAAACACUACAGGUUUACACACGCUGAAAUAAUUGCUUGGAUUAGAAUAUGCCGGCCAGGCUCUAUUAUAGGACCCCAGCAGCACUUCCUGGAAGAAAAACAAGCAUCGUUGUGGGUCCAAGGAGACAUUUUCCGAUCCAAACUGAAAAAUCGACCAUCCAGUGAAGGAAGUAUUAAUAAAAUUCUUUCUAGCCUAGAUGAUAUGUCUAUUGGUGGAAAUCUUUCAAAAACACAAAACAUGGAACGAUUUGGAGAGAAUAACUUAGAAGAUGAUGAUGUGGAAAUGAAAAAUGGUAUAACCCAGGGAGACAAACUACGUGCCUUAAAAAGUCAGAGACAGCCACGUACCUCACCAUCCUGUGCAUUUAGAUCGGAUGAUACAAAAGGACACCCGAGAGCAGUGUCCCAGCCUUUCAGAUUAAGUUCAUCCCUGCAAGGAUCUGCACCUACUUUGAAGACAUCAAAAAUGGCACUGUCCCCUUCAGCAACGGCCAAGAGGAUCAACAGAACCUCUUUGUCUUCAGGCGCCACUGUAAGAAGCUUUUCCAUAAACUCUCGGCUAGCCAGUUCUCUAGGGAACUUGAAUGCUGCAACAGAUGAUCCAGAGAACAAAAAGACCUCCUCAUCUUCUAAGGCAGGCUUCACAGCCAGCCCGUUUACCAACCUCUUGAAUGGCAGCUCCCAGCCAACUAUCAGAAAUUACCCUGAGCUCAACAACAAUCAGUACAACAGCAGCAGCAACAGCAAUGGGGGCAACCUGAACAGCCCCCCAGGCCCCCACAAUGCCAAGACAGAGGAGCACACCACCAUCCUCCGACCCUCCUACACCGGGCUUUCUUCUUCUUCAGCGAGAUUCCUGAGUCGUUCUAUCCCUUCCCUUCAGUCUGAAUAUGUUCAUUACUAAGGCCUUGCCACUCCAGUGAAAGCUGUUCCUUCCUUAGACACAAUUUCUUCAUCUGGACGAGCAGUGGAGAGGGAAAGCAACUUCUUGCUGGAAGAAUAUCUCUGCCUUCUUACCUUAAAUUAAAGAGAGCACUAAGAUAACACCUUCAAGAGACUUGAAAACAGAAAACUGGUCAAUGACUACUAUAAAUGCACUGAAACUAUGUUUAUGGAGAUUUCCAUACUUUUAAAGACAGUUUUAAUGUUGAAUUUGGUAUUUUGAAGGGUUAUUUUUAAUGUAUUUUGGUAAUACAUUUAUUAUUAUAUUUACAUGUACAGUGUUACAUUAUGUAUGUAUUGUGAACUUUAAAAGACUAUUUUGAUAAAUUUAUAAAUAUAUAAAAUUAUGUAAAAACUAGACUAUAUUUUGAUUUAGAUUUUCCUGCUGUUUGCUACCAAAAAUUUGUAUUUUAAAUCUAUUUAGUUUUAGUAUGGUUUUGUCUCUAAUGAAUAAAUAAUUCCUUCUUAUUAAGAAGAAGUAAGGGAGAACGUUUUUAGAAAGUGAUUUUUAUGCUCCCACUAUAAAUAUGGCAGGUCAGUUCAUUCUUUUGGGAAGUCAGUUUAGUUACACUGAGUUUAUCCAAGUUUAUCUCUACCAAGAGUAUAAUGGCAUGGGAUGACUUAUUUAGGACAAUUUCCUUUCCCAUUGUUUUUGUUGCUGAGCCAAUUUGAGUUAGUUUUGCAUCCUGGGGGGCUUUAAAAAACAGCAUGCAGUGGAAGAUCAGAAUUCACUGAAUAUUUCUUCUGAGAGCAUGGUUUCAUGGUUUUUCUCUAUGAAAUGACUCAAUAUUCCAAAUGUUUUUUUUUCCUUCAUCCUUUCAAAAGAGUUCUUAACCCAAUUAGGAUAUCCUGCUUUGGGUAUGAGGUUGUUGUUGCCUGUAAUCACACAUGGUUUGACAUCAGUUUUAAAUCAGUGGAGAGAAAAAACUGAAAAAGAUGCUGCUAUGUAGUUCUCUGUAUUAAAGGAGAUAUUUUUAAAACAGGGUACAACCCCCUGCUGCACACGCUAGCAUAUCUGGAACCUAAUAUGAAAAUGAAAAGACCCUUAUAGGUACUCACAGCCCUUUCAUGUAAGUAUGAUCUGAUAUUUAGGUCUUCAGAAGCCUGUAGGUUUCAUUUCUAUGAGGAAUCAAGGAGCCUUACAUCCUGAUAUGCUUCCAGGCUGCUUAAGAAUGGACUGCUUCAACACUGAAAGUGCUAGUUAAAUGGAUUCAUACGAAGUGCUUUACUCCCAACCAUUGAGUUAUUUAUAAUGUAUUUAUUAGGGGAGGGUACCUUGAGUCCAUUAUAUAUGCUUCAUCAAAACAUCUUGUUGAUGUUUUAUGUUUUUAAAAAAGGCAUUUGAAUGAAUGUUUGACUCAGGUUUGUUAAAUUAACCUUCAGUAACUGCAGUACCAAAAAUUAUACUCAAACGAUGAAAAAAAUUAAUUGUAUGAUUUAGGAAUCAAAAACUAAAAUAAGUGGAGUUAUGUAUCUUUUCUAAAGUUAAAAAAGUAAAAUAUUUUAUUAUGAGUUAUUAUAAAAAAUUAGUUAAUAGUAUAGGAAGAUGACAGUAUUUUUUUCAAGUUAUCAUAAAAAGUAAUUCAGAUGACAUUUGAGAAGUAGGGGAAAGGGAAUCAUGUUGACAGUUUUAGUUCUGUGAACACUAAUUUGUGUGCAGCUAUUAAAAUGAUUGUAAAGUUGACUACUGUAAAUUUCCCAUAAUUAUGUGUGUAUAUGUGUCAUAUGUAUGUACAUGUAUAUGUCUAAAAAUUACUUUACACAUGUGCAUACAUAGACACACCAAGAAGUGGAUGUAUAUAAUAUAGAAAGUAUAUAGCAAAGUAAUUUUACUCUGAUAAUAAAAAUUGUUUGACAUGUAUUUUGUUAUGAAUAGUUUACCUUCCAAAAGAUAUUUUGCUCUAUUUUAAAGUGUAGAAGAAUACACUGCUAAUAAAUAAUAAAAGUUUUAUGCAAUUUACUUAUUUUUUGGUGUUUAUAAUUUGAAUUUUUGAGUUAUCAAUGUACUGAAGUCUCUUUAUAAUUUUAUUUUUGGUUCAGUGUGGUCAGUACCCUGAGUGUUUCAAGAUCUCUAUUCUGGAUUUUAGUUUAUCUUUUAUUGACUUUCUAGGUUGUGGCCAUUGCCUGAAAUACAUGACAGUGAGCUCACAGAAACCUUACACUUUGAAUUUCACAAAAAUCAUAUAAUGUUAGGUUCUUGCUUGCUUUCUCUUUAUUUUUUUUACUGUCAAUAAAAUGCUGAUCCUGAUCA